AUGCAAAAUUGUCAACCAUUCACCGUUGCUACAUUUCGUCGCAAUCGUAUGAAGCUAAUUAAUGUUAAGUCUGAUAUUAUUUUCGAUGGUAUUACUAAUGAAUGGAAUUAUCGUAUUAAUGAUGCAAUCCAUAUUCAAGCAUUUACCUCUACAAUAACUUAA